AUGAAGAUGACGACGACGAUGAAGAUGAAGAUGGAGAUGAAGAUGAUGCUCCUGCUGGCGACUGUUACCAUGGCAGCAGCGAGCACGUGCUACACUUACACACAAAAAGCUACGAUAGGAGGUUGCCCAGAGCAGACCUACCAGUAUGGCAGCUGCACCUCACUAGCCGAUGCGACUAGUCAGUUGAGCGCCAGAAUCUCCAACUGGUCGAGCAGUCCCCCUGCAAACGAUGCUGCUUGCCAGACUCAGAUCAACAUGCAGUGCGCAGGGUUCGGAAUGUCCGCUACAGGCUCCAAGUGCUCCGAUCUGUGUCCUUUCCAAUUCCACACUGUUCUUGGCUGCACUGAGGAUUUGCAGUGCAACAGUACAAGCACGCCUGAUCUCCCGAUAUGCUGCAAGUACCUGGGGAAGCAGGCAUCGGUCAUGUGCAACGGCCUGAUGGCUGCUCGGCUGUAA